AUCAGAUCAUGAAUUUUAUCAGGUGUGCCUUAGUAUUAUAUCUUUGUCGUCAAUAAAAGAGCAAGAAUUACAGAAUGUCCGAAUGAAAAAUAAAUGCUUAUUUAACUAUUAGCAUUGGUCAUGGCAAAUCAGUUUCAAUAUGAAACUUAUUUACAUGAAGACUAUACAAUUAUGUACCCUAGAGUAACUCCAACUCCGUCACCACUUCUGCCACCAGCCAAACCAGUUACAAGUAUUCCCGCUAUAGUCAUUCCAGUCAUUUUGGGAACUGCUUUGCUCGUAGGAAUUUUUAUUUAUAUCUUUCUUUAUUAUAAAAGACGUAAGCGACAUCAAAGAUGGAACUUGAGUGAAAAUAAAAAUAGGACUGAAUCCUUUAACAUAAAGUUAGACCCUUCUCUGAGGAAGACAAUCACAAAAAAUGAAACAGAUAAUUCACAUAAAAUGGCAAUCAGUCAUUUAACGAAAUUAAAUUAUGAUAAUAAAGAGGAUAAUGAUUAUGACACGAUAGGAGUAAAUAUUCCAUUAUUCACAAAUGAAGACGACUUGGGUUAUGUUGAACCAAUUUGUUCUGGUAAUCACGAUCAAGGAUUAGACAAGAAUUGCGUAAAGUGCGGAUUAAGAACAUCUAAUAAAGCUCCUAAUUCCAAACAAAGCUUGGUGACUAAUUCAAGCGGAUCCUAUGAAAAAAUGCCCUCCCCAAAACUGACACCAUUAAAUUCGGCUAAUUUAAAAACAUUAAAUGGGUGUGACGAUGCACCAAAUAUGCCACCUCCUCCAAUUCCUCUAACAGAUAGUGAUAAUGAGUACGAUGUUCUUCUGACUGGAAAAGAGGUAGAUAUAGAUGAAAAUAUAUAUGAUGACCCGGAAACGGAGGAUCAAGUAAUUGUUAUUAAAAAAAAAUCACGUCCAAUCGGCGACCAAUUUCCCCUCCCACCAAGCUCACCUUCUCAUGAUGUAGAAAAAAAAGAAAUUAGCUCGGAAAAAGGAACUUUUCUAAGCGAUGUGCCUCCACCAUUGCCACCCCGAAAUCUCCGGGUAAAAAAAAAGAAAUGGCUAGGAAAAUUGAAAAGUGCUAAAAGUGAGCCAAGGAUUUCAACCAAGUCUUUAAUAAAGAAGGAUUCUAAAGAAAAAGAGAAGGAAAAAGUGAAAGUAAGGCCUAAACGAUGGAGUUUUCUAAGUAACAAUGAUGAAGAAAUAGGAACAUCUAAGUCAAAAUUUUACUACCCCUUCAACGGUGUAUCUGACCUAGAAUCGGAUACAAUACCCUUGUCAAAAAGCAUGUUCAAUUUAAAUAUUAUUGACUUUGAUGAAGAACAAAGCUCCGUGUCGGGUUAUUCAUCUUGUAGAGAAAAUGUCUCAACUGAUUCAUCUUUUUAUAAAGAGAGUUGUUAUACUUCAGGAGAUGAUUCUUCUGUUUAUAAAGACCACAACACGGAGCAUAAUAGAUUUGUUGGUUCUAAGACUGUCAUAGAAGAUGAGAACACUAAGAAAAUUAAACCUGUUACCAGAUCUGUUAGUUUUCCAAAAAGUGGCGAGUCAAACGCCUAA